GUGUUUGGUGUGGAUGUGAAGUUCCAUGUGUCCUGGUGGAAAAUGUGUUUAGGUUUAGAAUGAUGCAACUGAUCAGUGAAGGCACCAGCAUCAACUCCCUCUCUCCCUCUGUGUCCCUCUUAUUUUAUGUUUUAGGGGGGGAGAAAUCCCUGCCAGGGCACGUCUGAACUGUUACAGCCCCGCCCAUUACUAGUCCUGUGGUUUUGCACCUGCCUCACCACCCCUGCCACUUUGAGCGCAAAACCUCCAGGAGCUGCUUUACCUGCACUGCAGCGUUUGUUCAGCCCGUGUCCCUGAAGCCUCCUCUGCUCCGAGCCCCUGAUCCCCCCCCAGCAUCACCAUCCUCUGUGGACAGGUAUGCAACACGAGGGCGAUCUGAGCCUGAUCUACUGCAGCCCACCUCCCACUGAUGAAGACGCAGCCGUGAAAAAAGGAAAGAAAUCAACAGCAGAGAUCAGCCCACGGUGAGUGUUCCAUGACAGGGGGAGAGAACCGCGUGUCCUUGCACAACGGGGACUUGUGCUAAGUAACGGAGGAGGUGGACGUAAACAUGCAAUAAGUGACAGUGGCAACCAGGUAGUCUAGUACGCACGAGCGCUCCCUCCGGACCCCCCCCACCCCCCCACUGAACUUUACCCGCUGAGGUUCGAGCUCAUGGCCGCUGCCGCUGCUGCUGCUCUGGGGGAAGUUGGAGGCGUCUUGCACGGCAUCGAUGGUGUCACACAUGUCGGGUCCCAUUUCUUUCUGACCCCACUCGGGGACAGCCCCACGCUGCUGGGGGAGCACCUCUUACCUGGGGACAGGCUGUCCCGCAGCACCACGGCGGAUUUAACGCACCUAAAGGGGAUUCUCAGGAGGAGACAGUUAUACUGCAGGACUGGGUUUCAUCUGGAAAUACUUCCGGAUGGCACUGUGCAAGGGACCAGAAAGGACCACAGUCGAUUUGGUAUUUUGGAAUUCAUAAGCCUUGCUGUUGGGUUGAUAAGUAUUCGAGGAGUGGACAGUGGGCUCUAUCUGGGGAUGAAUGACAAGGGGGAGCUGUAUGGAUCUGAGAAGCUCACAGCUGAAUGUGUUUUCAGGGAGCAGUUUGAGGAGAACUGGUACAACACAUACUCCUCCAACUUGUACAAACAUGGAGACAAAGGGACGCGUUAUUUUGUGGCAUUAAAUAAAGACGGGACACCAAGGGAUGGGACUAAAUCCAGGCGGCACCAGAAAUUUACACACUUCUUGCCCAGGCCUGUGGACCCUGACCGUGUGCCAGAGCUGUACAGGGAUAUCCUGGGACACAGCUGAAACCCAGUGGGCCUCGUCUUCCAGAUCAGGAAUAGCCGUUAAAAGCCCUUGCAGGCAGGGAGCGGAGAAGAGAGGAGGGACCCAGGGACGUGGCCCGGUGCAGGCCGGUGGACAGCGGCCCCGACCGGCGGGGAUAAAGGCACCGGGGGGCCCCUUGUAGGAAUGCACAGGCCAUCUCUCAGCAGCCGGGAAGACAGUGUAGAAUGUCUGACUGCGUCGGCCUGCACGCUCAGCAUGAGGGGGUCGUUUGUUUCAGAGGCAGACCGACCCUGAAAGUACCUGGGUGGAACAGGAGAUGAAAGGGAAACAGAGGGAGGAAGAGGCUGAGUGGCCAGGGAGCAUCUCCACUGGUCGGAUGUAGACGUCAGCUGGAGUCUGUGGGAAUUUUUAUUUGUCUCAGAGAGCCGUAGUUUGUUCAGAAGGACUUUGAAGGAACUCUUUUUUUUUUUUUUUUUACCUGUGUCUAGGCAAAGCAAAGAGCAAAGAAAAGUGUAACAGAUUAUUUAUUCAUUUUACAUACAUAUAUUUAUGUUAUAUAUUUAUUUAUUUGAGAAUAUAUUUUUACAGUUAGAUACAUGCAAUAGAGAAAAAAACAGUAGAAACUGUAUCAACUAUGUAAAGACUGACAAAAUGUACCUUUAUGUCUCUUAUCCUGAGGAAAGUAGUGAUAUACUAUAAUGCAAAAUGGCCAAAAAAUACAAAGUGGUGACAUUUGGAAAAGGCCACCAUAUGUUUUUCACAAUAUGGCAACUGUGAAUCAAAAAGAAAGUCUGUUUAUAUA